AUAGAGGUGGGGUCCUCCAGAGAGCGGAGUGGAAGGGGAGCGUGGCGGAGCAACCAUCGAGAGGCCGCUCACCGGCGAGAGCGGCGCAGGAACUGGCCUUCGCGUGCCUGUCUCCAGGCAACAGCCGUCAACACGGCGGCCCGGGCGGCGGCGGGCGCGGGCGGCGGGCAGAGCUCCGCGCUGCCCCGGGGCGAGGGCGGAGGGCAGCAGCAGCAGCAGCAGCAGCAGGAGGAGGAGGAGGAGGUGCCGGGUCUCUCGGGCGAUGGGAGACCGAUAAGCGAAACGGGUGGCGACGCAGCUUGCCGAGGAGGCCGGGCAGAGCGCCGGCCGCAGCCCCGCAGGCACUGAAUGGCUUUGUUUCCACCGGUGGAUUCUGUGGUGGCAGCUGCUAAGCUUGUUCCCAGUUCCCAGCUGGAACACCAGAAGAACAACUAUCAGCAUGAACUCAUACCUGACAAAGAGGAAGGUUUAAAGGAUCUCUAUGCCCGAAAGAGCCGAAGCUAUUCAUAUUCUCUUUCUGCAGAAAGCAGUCAACACGGCUCCAGGCACAGAGACUUCUGUUCAGCUGGACUGCAGAGCAAGUAUUUCACCAGCCAGACCAAGACUCUGCCAGCUAAAUCAGUAGCCAUACAGAAAGAAGGAGUGGAUCGUGCCCAUCCCCUGAAACCAAUCCUUCACCACAAGGGUGUGAGUGUUCCAGUGGUCAAAACAGCACAGCCCAAAAGUUCCCCAUACAUGGAGGAAGGUCCAAAUAGUAGGCCUAGCUCAAUGAGCAAAGGGAAGCCUCCAGCAGGGAGGUCUCAGCUAGCUGCAGUGCUCUCUCCUUGGACAGCAGAGCCUAAACAGUCAGCCUCCCAUCUAUACAGGAGAGAGCUGGCCUACAUCCUCAAGUUGGAGGCAGAUGGACGGAACCUGGAAGAGGAAAUUCGAAAGAAAGAGGCCCUCCUGAGAGAGAAGCUGAGGAGAACGAAGGAGGAGCUUCGGAGGAUUCAAAGAGAGAAGGAGCUUGUUGAGACAGAGGAGAGAAGAGACAAAGUGGAGAAGACCCAUGAGGGAAAAGCCGCAAGGCACCCUGAAGAGAAAAUGUUCAGAGUUGCAGUCAGGCCAGGUGAUGGGGUCUUUGGCGGGGUGCAGUCUGCAGAGGCCACUGUUCCCAAGCCUGGCACCACUCUCUACCCCCAAGAGCUGGCUAUGGGGAAACUUAAGAAGGAGCGGUUGGUGGCCAGCAACAGCAAAAUUCGAGACCACAAGCCCAUGGAGCGUUUAGCAUCUUGUUCAAAGCUGGCCCUAAAAUGCAGCCCUUCUCCCUCUGCCCUCUCAGACCGAGAGUCUGGUGACCACCUGUCUGCAGAGGUGCUGUACAUGCAGGCUGCCAGUGCUGUGGAGCAGGGGGGGCUCGGACAGUGCAGCUUCUGCGGACGUAAGUUUCUCAGCACCAGGCUUGAGAAGCACACAAGUAUCUGCAGCAAGAGCCAAGGCUCCAAGAGGAAAGCAUUUGACUCCAGCAAGGCCAGAGCUAGGGGCACAGAACUGGAAGAGUAUCAGCAGUGGAAAAGCUCAGAGAGGCCUCAGAAUACGCCACCCAGAAGGAACAACUGGAGACAGAAGCACGAGGUUUUCAUCCAGACCCUGCGCCAGGCCCGCCAGGUGCAGCAAGUCCUCUCCAAAGGAGGAAAGGUGUCCGACCUGCCCCCAUUGCCUCCCAUUGAAAACCCAGAUUAUGUUGCCUGUCCUUACUGCAGGCGCCAAUUUGCUCCCCAAGCAGCUGAGAGACACAUUCCCAAAUGCAAAACUGUCAAAAAUAGACCCCCACCCCCACCUCAGAGGAGGCGCUGCUGAGGUGUCCAACUGUACCUGCUGCUGCGAUUCCCUGCCCAUUUUCUGCCAGGUUUCCAGCCACAGACACUUGCACUUUCCCUAGUCUCAACACUGGCUGCGAGGGUUGAGCUUGUAUGUACCACAAGUGAACAGCUCAGGAUGUAUAAGCAGAAUACUAGAACUUGUGUACUUUGACCUGUGCCCUGGGAUGCCCUGCUGGGGGCUGCUUCUCCCAUCCAGUGAGCUCAACAUGGAGUCUCAGUGUGGGUGUAAGGCUGUCACUGUUCAGUCAGCUGAGCAGGAAAGAAAGGCUGUUGCUACAGGUUGUCAGCAGGACAGCAGCAAGGAGCAAACCAGCCAUCAGAAAGGGGCUGUUCUUCAGAAUCGUAUUUUGCCUGUAGGUUAGGGAGGCUUGGGCUUUUUUUUUUUUUUUAACAACUAGAGGUGUCUGAUGUAGAGCUGCUCUCCUAUAGCUCACCAGUGGCUGCAGACUCAGUUUUUUUCCUUCUCCAAAAACAUAAAGUAGUGCUGUUCAUGAGAGGAAGAGCUGGGCCAAACACAGCAGCAUCUGCCUCAUUUGCUCUACUGCUCUGUAGGUGCAGAUGUUCACCCCUAAAUGUGCUAACAGUGACAGUCGUUCUGGCUGGUGUAGCAUUUUUAUUGUAGCUCCCUACAAGAGAUGGGGGAUGUGAGGGGUGCCUCUUUUUUUUGCCACAGAAAGGACUCUCCAUCCUUCAAAACUAUUUAGCAUUUAGACAAGGCAUUUGGAGAAGUCAGAGGAAGGGGAGGAAGCUAUGUAAGCAGUUAACUUUUUUGCAGCGAAGAGACUGCUGUGUUCUUCUGUCCUUGGUAUCUGUACUAGACAACAGGAUCCAGAGCUGCUGCUUGGUCAUUGCUCUUGCUCUGUCCUAGUUGUUGUAGCACCGUUCAGUUGAAUAAUGAAAGCAGCUAUGUAGGUAGGUUUAUUCCACACUUGCUCUGCAGCAACCCAAGAGUUUAUUUAGAUACUUUUCUAGAAUGCUAGUGACAAUCCUGGGGCUAAAUCUUACCAGCUGAAGAUCUGUAACACUGCCAUUUAGAAAUCCAGUGUGGCAGUUUGAAUUAGAAAAGGAGAACCGGGAGGAGUAUUAUUAAAUAAUUCCUGAACACAAGAAGCUCAGGAUUGGAAAUUCAGGGGGUUAGGAAAGCUAGCAGUAGUAACAGGCACUUAAUGUUUAAGUUCAUGUGCACAGAAUAGCAGAGAUACUCCGAACUGGCCAGGCCCUCGAGGCAACAGAACAACCAUCCUAAUGUGUUACCAUGUAAAAUAGCUGGGACUCAGAGUCAGGAAAGGGUGGAAGAAGAAAUAUUUAAUUAAAGAAUAGUGCCCCACAAGAUCAAAAAUAGGUCAUGAAUAAGCUCAGACUGGAAAUUAAGUUUCUAACCAGGACAGGAGCAAGGUCAUAGAAAAACCUUCCAAAUAGAUCAGGCAACAAACUUACAUUGUUUCAAGAUGGACUUAGAGAAGAUCAUGGAAGGGAGCAUAUGGCAGGACUUAGAAAUUAAGAGUCGUGAUACAGAACAUUUGUUCCUAUCUCCAGGCUGCUUGUAUGAAGUGUGAAGAACAGAUCAACAGAUCUGUGCCUCAGUGUAUCACUUUUGGGAGCUGAGAAGGAAUUUCCUUCCCACAGCAACCUUCCCUCGAUUCUUAACUUGGCAUCUGAUUUAUUUUUUAAUUUCCAUCCAAAAUGUUUAAGAACUGCUACAGUUAAAAAAAGCCAAACACACCCUGCCCCCAGACAGUACACUAGGGAACUUCACAUUAGAAAACCUGUUAGCUGCUUCACUCCUAUGUUCAGGGUUAAAUCAGCAAUUAGAUUCAAUAUAAAAACCUGGAGUUUUCCUUCAGGCCAAGUUGCUAGGGACCUCUAAAACACAAGGCUUGCACCCUUCCUUAAGUCAUCUUAUUUUCAUCUUAGUUACUGCAAUGGUAGGGAAUUAUGAAAAAAAUAUACCCCUUCUUCUGCUUUCUUCUCAAGAUGUAAGGUAGUUCUUGGUGAUUUUGGCCUCAUGCUAAAGAUCUUUGUUUGUCACACACUGUUAAAGGGCCUUUUGGGGGAAAUAGGUGUCAUACAGACCCUUUUAGAGAAUCAUCUGCUUAUAUUGGUGGCAGUUCCUGCACAUUUUUAAGUCAGUUAUUUUUCCAGGUUCUGAUUUUUAAUAUAUUAGAGUAGUUCUGUGGUGUAAAAGUUGUUUUAAAUGGUCACAGAGUGGCUUGUGUUCUCAAAGUAAGAAUGACUACUUCGUGUGAGAACAUUGCAACAGGAAGCAAACAAGGAACAAAAAAAUUCCAGCAGCUCCUUUUGCAAGUCCUUCAGUAAUGUAGCAGCAGCUCAUGGGAACCUAGAAAAAGAUAAAAAGCGACUAGAUUAAAUGGGUCAGAAGCCAAAUAUGAAGAAACACGCCAGCCUGCAGUGGGUGGACCAGACUCCUGAAAGAAGUUGGAAAGCUUCUGCCCUAUAGGUGUGGACAGAAAUCCCAAUCCCUUGGCACACCCUAGAAAAGCAUGAAAGUCCCAGGAAGGGUCAGUGCUGUACUGUGCCAGCCAGGUAUGAGUGUACAAACCUAGAGGAGAGAAAACACAGACUUGAAACAAGGGAAAAUAAUCUGCUAUAUCCAAAUUGACCGGAGAAGCAAGAGCAAUGCCCUAACUUCAGAGCUUCAAACUACAGGACAGCAAGAGGUGACAAAAGAUAGGAAAGGGAUAAACUGGAAGCUUUAUGCCAGCCUCCUUGAAGUAAUAGAAGGGUGUAACUGAAUUAAACAAAGAGUAGUUAAGAAAUUAAGUACCACUGCCUGUCCUGUAAUACUAACUCUGUUUCCCUUGCACCAUGUUCCUUUGGCUGUGUUUAGUGGACCCUAAAAGUCAGCAGAGUGCAAAUGGUGACUGGGGUAGACACACACAGGAAAGCUUUUGAUACUGUAAAAUAAAUCCAUAUGUUGGGGACUUCUCUUAAGUGACAGGCAAAUGGCUAACACACGAUCGAAACUGUAGAUUAAACAAAAUUUACUGAAA